AUGCAACCCUUUUCGAACGACUACGGUGGAGGCUAUGGAGGCAACGGCUACGACCAGCAGCAGCAGCAGCAGCCCGGACAGGAAAUCCCCAUGUAUCCGCAGGGUGGUACCGCUCGGCCGAUGGUGGACCCGGAGGCGAUGGGCGAGGUUGACCCCAAUCAGUACCCGCAGGCAAAGGAAUCGACGCACAAGAUUCGCGGCAAAUCGGACAUCCUGGAGAUGGUGUUUGGGUCGGUCGACCAGGAGUUGCUGCCCGUGAAGACGUUUUACUUCUUCUUCUACUCGGCCUUCGGCUCGCUGUUCCCGCUGAUGGGUGUUUACUUCAAGCAGAUGGGCAUGAAUCCGGGCCAGUGCGGGCUGCUCAUCGGCACACGGCCCUUCGUGGAGUUCCUGUCGGCCCCGUUCUGGGGCAGCUAUGCGGAUCGCUGCAAAAAGGGCAAAAUGCUGCUGCUGGCUUCGCUCGGAGCGUGGAUCAUCUUCACCUUGCCGCUGGGCUUCAUUCAACCGCCGGCCACCAGCUGUAUCGAGCGGAAGAAUGCGACCGAUUUUGAGCUCCGAACGCCUCAAGUACCGCGCAUACUGAAGCGGUCCAUCGACGAGAGCAUCGAGCUGGAGAUGGAGCUGGCCUGUGCGAAUGGGAGCGAAAACCCGUACUCCAGGGACAAACGAGCGGCACGACCGGUGGCGGCGGCCGGAGUAUCGCCACUCGGCGUGAGCUACGCGAACAACUUCAACGAGAAGCUCCACAGAGACUGGGUUUCGCCACUGUUUUCAUCGAUCGUCUAUCGCACGGCAGAUAUCCAAAAAGCGUUCUUCUUGCUGCUGCUCCUGGUCAUCAUAGGAGAGUUCUUCAGUGCCCCGGCCAUAACGUUGGCCGAUUCCGCCGUCAUCACCAUUCUGGGUGAGGAUGCGGACCGCUACGGACAUCAGCGGAUGUUCGGCUCACUCGGAUGGGGACUGGCCAUGUUCUUUGUCGGCAUCGCGCUCGACCACUCGACCGCCUUCCCUGACCACCCGUGCGGUCCGGAGAAGCAGGAGAAGAACUACACCAUCUGCUUCGCCACGUUCUCGGUGCUGAUGGGCGCGGCCCUCAUUUCGGCCACCCAAAUCCAUUUCAAGUAUGACUACUCGGAAGCACAGGAGCAGCCACAAGCCGAGAAAGUUCCCCAAGAGCUGACGCGCGAAGAGCAGAUGCAAGCCCAGCUGGCCCAACAGCUGCAACUGCCAUCGUUGGCAGCCAGCGGUGGAGGGAUGGCCAGCGCAGCACCACCACCGGCUGCUCUUGGUGCCCAGACGAAAAUGUUCGCCCAAACAACGCGCGAAAUGCCCGAAUGGGUCACGGUGUUGAAACAGUUCAAGAACCUGAAGUGCGCCUCGUUCCUGUUCGUCGCUUGGUUCAUGGGUUUUGGCAUCGGACUGAUCUUCACGUUCCUGUUCUGGCACCUGCAAGACUACGGUGGCUCGCCGACCCUCUUCGGGGUGGCCUCGGUCAUCAAUCACAUCUCGGAAAUCUUUGCCUACUUCUUCAGCUUCCGUCUGAUCACGCAAAUCGGCCACGUUAAGGUGCUCUGCCUCGGGUUGGUCGGUAACAUUCUUCGGUUCCUGUACAUCUCCUACCUGAAAAACCCCUGGUGGGUCCUGCCGUUUGAGUUCAUGCAAGGAAUCACUCACGCUGCGGUAUGGGCGGCCUGCUGUUCCUACAUCGCGCACAACACGCCACAGCAUCUGCGAUCUUCGGCACAAGGCGUCCUGCAGGGACUCCACCACGGGCUGGGCAGAGGCUGCGGGGCCGUUAUCGGGGGAAUGUUCGUGACGUACUUCGGCACCACGGCCACCUUCCGCGGGUACGGCAUCAUCUGCAUUCUCGUGCUGGCUGCGUUCGUGUUCAUCAACUUCUACCGCAAGGACGAAGGUUUCAUCUCCGAGAUUCCGACGACCGAGGAUCCGCAUCAGGUGGCGGAAGAGACGGCCCACCUGGCUCCACACGGCGUACCGAGCAAUCCGAUACCGCGGGCCCUCUCGAGCACCCGGCUGAACGAGAUCGGUCAGCAGAACGUCGACAAUGGGUACGGCACCUACCAAACUACCGGUGGUGCUCUGGACGUUCCCGGCGGAGCUCCAAAGAACCCUUUCGGGGCCUCGCAAGGUACUAACGUGUACGGCGGAAACCAGUACUAAACCUCAGAUGGCCGACAGUGAGGCCACUGCUGAAUAUCAGCCGUGUGGCAGUGGCGACGUCUGCCAAGAAAAAGGAUCAAAAAUCGAUCAAGAACCUAAACCAAAACAAAAAAAAAACAAAAACCGUGUAAAUGAGCUCAAUUGCAUCCCAUUCAGCCAUUCCGGUCCAAGAGCAGAGCAGGACGUUACACGCUGCGCACUAGCAACGUCCGCGGCGGCCGUGAGGUUUACGGAGGCAUAGCCUUGGUCGUGGGUCGGUUGCUGGCAGCGAAUCAUAUUAGAGGUAUCCCGGGGACGACAGAUCCGUUGUAAUGCGCCUCGUAUCUCACUCGUUUAAUCGAUCCUACCCAUCGAUCACACCGACAUCGACAGGUGUUGUAGUGUUGUUUAAGUUUAAGCUAGCUUGUCACUCUAGGUCCAGAGCUCCUCCUGAAAACGAUCAGCAAUCAUUACGGCCCUGCGCGGUUUUCCUAUCUCAGCAUUUUAACCUAAAACCCUCUACUAUCUUAUCGCCACCACGCUGGCCGGGCACUUACCACUAGAGAGACACUAGGGCGCGGCGUUCAAGCAUUACUCUACCUGUCAGCGUCUUUCUCUUCGUUGGUUGUUUUUGACCGUUGGAACUAUAUCACUAGAGCGCCAGCUUUCCGGACUGUUACUUAGGAGCUACACUUAUCGUAUCGCCCACUUUAGAGUCUAUCAGAGAAA